AGAACAAAACUCAUGAAAGGGAAGUCAACAAGUUAUAACCGAAGCAAUAAUAUCCGGUGUCUAAGUGCGCAUGCGUUGUUGAGUAUUGAACAUAAUUCGUUGGCAUUGUGAGAAAGAAAUUAGUUCCUUUGUCUGUCGUACUUCUGAGACAAAUAUCUUUUCGAUUAGGCGUUUUUACGGCUACAUAAAACACUUGGAUGUCAAAUUUGUGAUAAGGAAUUGUGAUAAAAUGUUUUGAGACGAUUUGUUGCUGUUUUCGUGCGGUAAAGUAACUUCAAAAUAUGGCCGAAGGUUCUUCGGGUCUGUUGCCACAAUCUGUUGAUAUUUUGGGUUCAGGCCAUCAAGACGAAGCUAGAAACUAUCCUGGCAAUAAUUUAGCUUUGCUUGGACGAAGGCCAUUGAGUGAUAGCUCAAUUAAAUACGAAGAAAAUGCUUUUCAAAUCGAUUCUUCCGAAGUCAAACUGGUUCAUUUCAGAGAAAGACGAAACUCGUUUGGCGAUGCCGAUAACUCGAGCGAUGAUGGAUCAAAAACUUCAUCUUCUAGGGGAUCAAUCGCUUCAACACAAACGACAGAGCAAUCUAGUCGUAUCAGAUUAAGAAAGGGAGCAAAAACAUCUUACGAUUGCCACUGUCCUCAGUCACAAAAAGCCAAAAGAAAAGCAGCCAAGAAACUCUCAACUCUUCCGAAAUUUAAUGGAGGGCCAUUUCCCGUUGUGCCAGAGAACAGCGAGUUAAAAUCUCGUCCUCGAAAAAAAGAUGGCUCGUUUAUGAAAAGAGUAAAGAAAAUAUUUUGCGAUUCGGCAAGCCCCACGAACUGUGAUAACGAGGAACCGCGGUUUUCUGACAGCGAUGCUAGCAAUUUAUCUAAGCCAGCAAACGACACGGAGCAGAGUCGUUCGUCCAAGAAAGAGCUUCAGAAAAAGGACCGUCAUUAUAUUAUAAGUGAUAUUAUGGCAGUCACAAACUGUUCCUAUUAUUGGGGCAGUAUAAAUCGUCAUGAAGCUGAGGAACUCCUAGUUGGUAAACCAGAUGGAACGUUUCUGUUGCGGGAUAGUGCACACAAGGACCAUUUGUUUUCCGUAAGUUUUCGACGAUACAACAAGACGCUUCAUGCUCGCAUUGAACAGUGGGAUCAUAAGUACAGUUUUGACCAUGAGAGUCCGGUGGCUUAUUUCUCCAUUACAAUUGAGGGUUUACUGUCCCAUUACUCAAUCGGUGAAUACUGCAUGUUUUUUGAGCCAAUGUUGGUCAAGCCCUUAAUCCGGACUCAACCGCAGCCCCUUAUGAGUUUGUGUCGAGGGGCAAUUGGAAAUUGUACAAAAUACGAAGACAUAGAGAAGCUGCCAAUUCCUUCCUCCCUCAAAACCUACUUGCGAGAGUAUAAUUACUGUAUCAAACCUAAAUCAAAGAAAGACGAUGAUGGAAAACGGAAAAGGAAUUCUACACUCUGUCUUUUUUGAGGACUUGGCACACCAAGAGUUAACAAAAAUAUCCAGGAUAACCAUGUAUUCAUAUUUAUUGUAUUAACACUCAGUGUAUGUAUAAACAGAGAACAUUACCUAAUUAAUCAGACCAAAUUACCUAAAUGAAAUAUUCUCUUAAUAUUUUUGAAUGGUAGCAACUUACUAUUCACAGAGAGCAGUGAAAUACUAAUUAUUAGAGUAUUAUUCUGUUAUCAAGUUUGAUAACCGAUCAAUUACAUUUUCGGAACAUGUUUUUUCGAGCAUUGUCAAAUAGCAGUUUUUUGUUGUAUUCUCUAGCCUGUAAAACAAGUAUUUUUUUGUAACUAUAAAGCACCAAAUGCGUAGAGCUGGAGUCUGUAUAUCAAGAGUAUUCAUCAACACUAUUGUUGAUUGUAGAACUAUGUUUCCCAAGGUCAAAGUUAUCCUUGAGUACUUGUUUGUUUGAAUCAAAUUUCAUGUUGACAUUGUAAAAUUCAAACAUAUUUUUACAUACUUGACUUUGUGGAACAAAAUAAGUAUUUAUAUUACAUAGGUGAACAAUCAAUUUGUUUGCCAUAAAUGA